CGGUGACGGCUUUCUAUAAAAAAGCUUGUGCCCAUUAACCCUAUUGUCACUCGCUCAUCCACUAACUGCGACUCGCUCGUUCCGUGGAGGUUCCGCUCUCUCAGUUUCUUUUCCCCAAAUUGUUUUUCAUCUAACAAUUUACUUUGCAGUCUCUCUCUCUCUUUCUCUCAAUUCUAUCUCUAACCCUAACACCCAACCUUCCAAUCUUCCUUUCGAUCCUUCAUCUCGCAGAUAAUGGGAGAAACCAAGGAUGACGCAUACGAGGAAGAGCUUAUUGACUACGAGGAGGAAGAAGACAAGGCUCCCGACUCCAUCGGAGCUAAAGUCAACGGCGAAGCUACCAAGAAGGGCUAUGUUGGAAUUCACAGUUCAGGAUUCAGAGACUUUCUUCUGAAGCCAGAGCUACUUCGGGCUAUUGUGGACUCGGGAUUUGAGCAUCCUUCCGAAGUGCAACAUGAGUGCAUCCCUCAAGCAAUUCUGGGAAUGGAUGUGAUUUGUCAAGCGAAAUCUGGAAUGGGAAAGACUGCUGUCUUUGUUCUCUCGACUCUGCAGCAGAUUGAUCCCGUUCCUGGCCAAGUUUCUGCUCUUGUUCUGUGCCAUACCAGAGAAUUAGCAUACCAGAUAUGCCAUGAGUUUGAGAGGUUCAGUACCUAUUUACCCGAUCUCAAGGUCGCUGUCUUUUAUGGUGGGGUUAACAUCAAAGUUCACAAGGAUCUGCUAAAAAAUGAGUGCCCUCAUAUUGUUGUCGGAACACCUGGAAGAAUACUAGCAUUGACUAGGGAUAAGGAUCUUUCUUUGAAGAAUGUGAGACAUUUCAUAUUAGAUGAAUGCGACAAGAUGUUGGAAUCAUUGGAUAUGAGGAAAGAUGUUCAAGACAUUUUCAAGAUGACUCCCCAUGAUAAGCAAGUUAUGAUGUUUUCCGCAACACUCAGCAAGGAAAUUCGCCCAGUCUGCAAGAAAUUUAUGCAAGAUCCUAUGGAAAUUUAUGUGGAUGAUGAGGCGAAGUUGACACUUCACGGACUUGUGCAGCACUACAUCAAAUUGAAAGAAGAGGAGAAAAACCGGAAGUUGAAUGAUCUUCUCGAUGCACUGGACUUUAAUCAAGUUGUUAUCUUUGUUAAAAGUGUUAGUAGAGCAGCCGAGCUGGACAAACUACUUGUGGAGUGCAACUUUCCUUCUAUAUGCAUCCACUCUGGCAUGUCCCAGGAAGAAAGGUUAAAGCGUUAUAAAGGUUUCAAAGAGGGGCAUACAAGAAUUCUUGUUGCAACAGAUUUGGUUGGAAGAGGGAUUGACAUUGAACGUGUCAACAUUGUUAUAAACUAUGACAUGCCUGAUUCUGCAGACACAUACUUGCACAGGGUUGGUCGAGCUGGAAGAUUUGGCACCAAAGGCCUUGCAAUUACAUUUGUUUCUUGUUCUACCGAUGUUGAUGUUCUCAACAAUGUUCAAUCAAGGUUUGAGGUGGAUAUAAAACAGCUGCCAGAGCAGAUUGAUACCUCAACUUAUAUGCCGUCGUAGUAGAUUUUUAUUUUGGCAGCAACGUUGACUGCUUGGGUCAUGAGUAAUAGUGACGCAGGAUGAUUUGAACGGUGGUGCAGCGGAUGAUUAACCGUGCUGAUAGAUAGCAGAGUCUGUUUACAGACUAGGCCAUUUUACCGGUAUUAGGUGUAGUAGUAGUGUAAUGGCUUAUGUAUUUAUGGGGUUUCACUUGCUGUAUUUUGUGUGGCAGCUACGCUGUUUUCAUCAACUUCAUGUUUUGAGUUAGUGUUACUGCGACGACGUUUUUACUUAAUACUGUUUAAUUCGGUGAUAUGGUCUUUUAUUUAUUAGUUUGAUCUUUAAAUGGAUGAAAUGAUACAAGGUA